CGGACAAUUUCGAAGGGGGAGGAGGAUUUUAUAUGCUGGUCUGCACAGUUGUUGAGUGGGUGCCACAUUCCCAGGUGGCAUGUGGUGACAGGUUCAUCUGGGCACGCCUGUUGUCAAAAACAAACGGACCCCCUACAUAGCGAGGGUCAAGGUCAAUGCUAGAACCGUCCCUCCCAGAUGGGACCCUCAAAAGUCAGGCACACAUCCCGGGGGACUUCAGAGGAACCUGGACCUUGGACUGACUGUGCACAUCAUCGAGGCUCUCCAGCAGAGGGCAGUGUAAGACCGAGAGCAUCUCCCAGUAUUGGUGUUGAAGCCCCGUCAGGUCCUCGAGCAGCCUGCGCUGUCAGGAUCACGCCUCUGAAAACCAUGAAAGGCUCUCCUGACCUGAUUCCUGCCGCAGAUCUGGACCCCAGCAGAGUGUGCAAAGGGAAAGGAGUCGUGACCCUAAGGGCCACUCUCGUCCACAUCGAUGAUGAGGGCUGCAUCAGUGAAGAGCCAAGCGUCAUCACAGCGCCAAGUGGCUGGACAGGCCAGAUUAAUGGAGACAGCUCUAAAGCAGGACUGGCCGAGGGAGGCAGCAACAUCACAGCUGAUUUACCCCCUGUAAACAACGCUCGGUGCCAGGCCAGUUCGCCUGAAAGCAUAAAAGAAAAUCAGGCCCCAUCGUCCACUGACAUCCAGAACUGUAUCACAUCGUCCUCCAGCUCUGUCUAUCCCUGCACUAGCACAGUUAACCCCACCAUAGUCCUGCUGCAACACAACAGAGAGCAGCAAAAGCAUCUUUCUCAUUUGGAAGAGCCAACCCCAGAAAGGGACAAAACCCCUGAUCCUGGCAGAGACUCAAUAAGUCGAAUUCCUGACAUGGACGGGAAGAGGCUGCGACUGUCGCUGCACUCCCCCGUCUUCAGUCCUGUCAACAAGCCCACUGUGCCUGUCCGGAACACGGAAAAGUCCAAAGACUGGUAUAAGUCCAUGUUCAAACAGAUACACAGAAUACCAGAGCCUAUUGAGGAAAACCCUUACCGCCCCACCUACAUUUUCCCUGAGAACAUUGACAGUCAGAUGAAAUCAAAAGAUGAUGGUCCCACCCCCUUUGGUUACUUGGAAGAUGUGAAAGUGGUCCCGCGCUCAAAAAGCGAUGCCGAGGUCGAUGCAAGAGGCCGGUCGAUGCCGGUGCCAACACGUUCCUCUUCCCUCAAGCCCAUAGCCAAAAGGAAUGAGUGGGAGCCCCCGGAUAAAAAGGUAGACACCAGGAAGUACCGCGCUGAGCCCAAGAGCAUCUUUGAAUACGAGCCGGGGAAAUCGUCAGUGCUGAAGCUGGAGAGAACGACUCAGGAUGUAAGUCCAGAAGAUGUAGAUUUAGAGAAUGAGCCUUGGUAUAAAUUCUUUUCAGAGAUGGAGUUUGACAAAGCGAGUGCCCCCUCUUUCAGCCCCCUGGAAACAGCCUCCGACCUGCAGCAGUACUCCUCGAGCAAGUCUGGACACAGCGAGGUGGAGAAGGACAGCGGAUCAUCCACAGGCGAGCCUUCGGCUCCAGAAUGCGACCGCCAUGUUUACAAGAGUGUCCUGGAGGGCGGCGACAUUCCCUUACAAGGUCUACGGGCCCUAAACAAGCGCCAAGGCAGCCCUUCCUCCUCUAAAGUGGAUUAUAAAGGUGGGAAUGGCUAUAUAAUUUCACCCUGCUCCUCUGUAAAUAGUCGAUCGGUUCUUGCCAGUAAUGCAAUAGGUUACCAGUGUAAGAGUAAGAAGUCUCUUUCUGCUGCCAAAGCCUGCAUACCUCAAAUCCUGCCUUCUAAGUUCAAGCCUAAGCUGCUGCCGCCCAGUGGUGACAGUCAGGAGAGCAGGGCUAAAACUGUCAGGCACCCAAAGGCCCACAGCUGUGAAGAUCUGUACACAGGGCCACGUGACACAGACUUUGCUGGAGCAGAGGAACGGGAGAGUGGGCAAUAUUCGGACUCUAAAUACAGCUGUGGCAGCGAGUGCGUGGAUGGCCUCAGGAAUGUUUCCCCUGCAAUUAGGAGGAGCACAUCUGAGUUUACCAGCCUGUACAGGACCAUGCAUCACAUCCAGCGGCCCAGCUCAGUCGGCUGCAGCCCCCACGGCAGCGUCCGCAGCCUGGCCUCCCUUUUUGAGAAGGAAAAGGCCGAUGGGGGUGAAAGGUCAGAGGCAGACGAAGGGGGUAACAUUCCACAGGAUGCGGUGUCGUCAAGGGUCAGCGAGUUUGAAAUGAUCAUCAAGCGGUCGAACUCAGUGCCCAGCCGCUCCUCCUCCCUGCCCACCCUGCACUCCAGCCGUAGCCAUAGCCCCGACCACGUCCCCGCCCACCGCUACAUGACGUCCGCAGUGUCAGCGGAGUCACUUUUGGUAGCUGACGCCACCCAGACAGACGCCUGCUCCCCAGUAGAGGCAGAGGCCAAGAGCUCUGGGGAGGAGGCCCUGCCACCGAACAGUGUGACGGUGGAGGAGGCUACUUCCUCCUCAGAGGACGAACACAACAUCAGGACUGAGUCCCCAUCUAAUACUGAGGUGGAGGUUGAGCAGAUUUUCAGUAAAAGUUCCCAAGAACUGACCCACCAAAGUGUCUCUGAAUCAAAGAGUCCUUUAUCACUGCUGACAGCAUCCCCUCUGCAACACAACCACCACCACCACCACCUCCUACACCACCUGAACCAUCAGCUCCUCCUCAAGCCCAGCAAAUGCAAAGGCUCCUGCCCAGCUUCCUACACACGGUUCACCACCAUCCUCAGGCACGAGAGGCAGCAGGCCACGACCCAACAGGAGAGGCCGCCACCUUCGGAGAAGAAGACCACGCUUCCUGGAAACCUCUUCCUCAUGGGCCCUGCUCCCUUCAGGCCACGGAAGAACCUGCAGUCCAACCAGACUCGGAGAACCCUGCGCGCCACCAAGGUGACGAUGGUGACCCAGAGGCCCUGCAGCAUGUCCCCUGAGCCCAGGCCUCUGAUCCCUCAGCGCCUGUCCUCCCUGGAGGUCUUGGAGAGGCUGACUAACGGGGAAGGCGGCAACACUGACCACCUGAGUAACGGGCAGGGCUUGGACGCCAACGGGAACCUACUGCAGCCGCUGGCAGCUCACCUCAGAGACUCGUCCCCAGCUCACGGGGAGAGCCCGGAUGAAGUGUUGCGAAGGCGUCAUGGGGACAAAGAGAAAAUCUUGGAGGAGCAGCGGCGGUUGAAGCGGGAACAGGAAGAAGCUGACACGGCGGCGAGGCGACACACAGGCAUUGUCCCAACACGCCACCAGUUCAUCACCAACGAGCGCUUCGGAGACCUGCUCAACAUCACAGAUAACACAGAGAAAAGGAAAUCGGGCAUAGAGAGAACUCCAGCCAUGGCUCGCUUUGACUUCAGAGCGGAAAGUCUUAAGGAAUUACCGUUUCAAAAGGGAGACAUCGUGUACAUCAUUCGACAGGUGGAUCAAAACUGGUAUGAAGGAGAACAUCAUGGAAGAGUUGGUAUCUUCCCCCGAAGUUACGUCGAGCUCCUUCCGCCUACAGAAAAAGCCCAGCCAAAGAAAAGUGUCCCAGUACAAGUCCUGGAAUACGGAGAGGCUGUCGCCCGCUUCAACUUCAACGGGGACACAGUUGUGGAAAUGUCCUUCAGAAAGGGAGAAAGGAUCACGCUUAUCCGUAGAGUUGAUGAGAACUGGUAUGAAGGCAAAAUCUCAGGCACCAACCGCCAAGGCAUCUUCCCCGUCACCUACGUUGAAGUGAACAAAAGACCCCGCAUCAAAAACGGGGUGGAGUAUCAAGACCCUCCUGUCAGCCAGUCGCCACAGCGCAGCACCAACGCGUCUCCUCAGCUGUAUCGUAAUCGCCUGACCACCUCCCCCCUACCCCUCCCUCGCUCCCCCCGCCGCUCCGUGUCCCCCGAGGUCCACGCUGUCUCCUCUGAGUGGAUCUCCCUGACUGUGGGAGGAGGGAGUCCUCCUGCCGCGCCCACCCCUCCCUUGCCACCGCUGCCCACUGUGUCCUACCGCUGUGGCGAGUACCUACCCCCGCCUUUCUCUGCCAGCCCCGUGCCUCCCAUAAGCGGCAGUCCGUACGGUGUCUCCCCCAUGGCCUCCCCAUCUGCUUCACCGCUGCCCCCGCCUUACCCACCCAGGCCCAACUCCACCACUCCCUUCCUCACGUUCACCCCACCUCACGGGGAGGACUUCCUGCUCUCCCCUCCCUCCCUAUAUUUGUCACGAAGCAUGAGUCCCUGCAGCGGGCCAGUGCUGGAGGGCUGGCUGAGGGGGGAGAAGGAGUUGACAGAGGGGGAAGGCACAGAGAGGGACGGGGGCCACGCAGCCCCAGGCAGCAGGCAAAAUAGCCCUGCAGAGUUUAUGAAGGAUGAGGAUGACCAUCAUGGGCGGAGCUCCAGGAGCCCUGUGAUGCUGUUUGACGUCCAGGACAACAACAACGUUAACUCAUUUGCGGAGGCAGUGUGUAAUGAGAUCUUGAAUAUGGCCGAGACCUCGGUGAGGUACUGCAGCGCCCUGUCCCGCCACCCUCAUGACUCUGUCCAUAGACUGCACCCCCACCCCAGUAAACAAUCUCUCAUCAUUUCCCAGCAACCCCACUCCCACAGCAGCAGUCCAGAGCCAGGUCGCCUCAACUGUGGAAUUUUCCAGGCUUUGUACAGUUAUGUGCCGCAGAAUGAGGAUGAGCUGGAGCUGCGGGAAGGAGAUCUCGUCAGUGUCAUGGAGAAGUGCGAUGACGGCUGGUUUGUCGGUACCUCAAAGAGGACAAAACAGUUUGGGACUUUCCCUGGGAACUACGUGAAGGAGGCAAAACUGUAAAGAUAUCUAAUGUGGCUGUAACACAUGGUUGCCUGUCCAGCUUGGGAAGUCAAUACUAUCACGCACGGCUGUUGAUUAGAAUAGUCAUUUAGCCAGCCGAAUCUGUUUUGUCUGGGCAAAGUGAUCGGUUCGGCUUGAGGCAUGUCAAACUGCGCGAGGCGAAGACGGAGACAGCUCACUGCCCAAAACCUCAGUAUGUUGUACACACCUUGAUCACAUUUUACACACAUCUUGACAGAAUACGUCCAUUAUCACAUGUGGAAGGUCUCUGUAAAAAAAAAAAAUCUCCCACAAACUAGCUUUUAUUGUACAGAUGAUUGCUUCCAUUUUGUCCCUGUAAUUCUACAGUACACGAGUGUUUACGUAGCACCUCAGUCGGGAGGCCGGCAGCAGAGCAGUGUUAAUGGAUCGAAAGAGGAGAUCUUAUUACAUGAAGUGGACUUUGGAGGAGUCAGAAUGUAUUUUUUUUUGUGUUGUGGGGUUGGAGCUGUUUUUCACGAGUUACCUUUCAGGACAGGUGUGUCUAGCUAAGUACAAUGCGAACCGUGCAUCCCAUGAUAUUAAACAACGCUUUGAUUUAACUUCUAAAAGAAAACCUGCAGUGUUUGGAUCAACUUACCAUAGGUGUGUACUCCUGGACUCAUUCACGUCCAACAGACAAAUUGCCAGACUUGAGCAAAUGACGUCAAUUCAGUUUAAGUACUUUAUGUACAAAGGCUCUUUAGAAACUGGUCUGAUGUAAAUGUUUUUCUGUCUCUUGCAUUUUCUGAAUCACCUUGAAGUCAGUAUUGGCUUUUUUACAAGAGAAACACAGCUUUCACAAAUCCGUGUAACCAAAUAGCUUUCGAUACCAGUUCAGUAUUGCCUUCAUUUUCUGUCUAACGGUUGUUAUACAACAGUCAUUACGGUCAUGUGCAUGACGAGAAACACUAAAAUGUUGAUGUGUGCUUCUCUUUUUCUGUUACCACAUCAAACUCAAAUACAGAACCAGCGGACUGUGCCGCAUGUCUCGGUAGUGAAGAGAAACUGUAAACGCACAUCCUAUAUUUUCAGAAAUCUAUUUAUUUGUCCUGAUAUAUUUACUGUUGGAAUCAGAGUAAACUGUGUUUGCUGGCGGCUGAUGCCUGUAAGGUAACUGGUGGUAGACACCUGCUCCAGCUCGACCACAGGACAGGCGUGGUAGCACUUAACUUCCUGUUUAGACAUUUCGGGAGAGCUCACCUAACAAGAUACUAGAAGAUGACACAAAAAGCUAUUUGAUGUUUUAAAUGAAACCCAGCAAGGUGUCUCAAAGAAAUAAUCGUACUUAUUGUUAAAAGCGUAUUGAGAUUCUUACCAUGCCCUUACUGACAAGAUUGUGUGUUCUAGCCAUGUAAAUGUGUACAGCAAACUAUGAAGAGGCCUUUCUCUCCGAAUAUGGCUACAUAUUUUCAUAUGUCAUGACCACAAGUUGGGUAAUACAGUUAGUGGAAUAUAUUCAAAUAAUAAGGUCAGCGUUAAUACAGCAUGCACUGUAAAAUCAACAAGAGAUCGACAAAUUCAGUUGGAGCAUGAACUUUAAGCUAACGCCUCAAUUUUUGCAUUAUAGAAAGCAGAAGUGGAAACAGGGUUUACCAGUCUGCUCUUUGAGAUUCAGCAGCUCCCCUGGUUUGAAUACUGAUAUCAGGGCAUCAGAGAUAUCUCCCCCAGCACCAUCGGAUCCUGUAACACACACUGUCAGAAUAGCGUGCACAGGUAUUGUUUUCCUCUGCUCGUGUUUUCAUCAAAUUCCUCCUUGUCAACAACUUCUGCGACGUGCUCAUCAAUCCUGUCAAAUAGUUCUUGCAAAUCCUUCUCCGUGCUUGUCAUGACCUGCAUGGAGCUGCACCAUGGGUGUAGUGUGUAGAGCAAUUGCUACUAAAAAAAAAAAAAAUGAAGUCUUUUAAAGACAGUUUAGUUAGUGCCUGUAUAAGCAAGUAGCUGAAAAAUCUGAUCUUCCCAGUUCACACAUUUCCAAUCAAGUGGUGCCAGACUAUCAGUGGGCCGACCUCCUAGUAUUGGUCUUUAUGAUUCCCUGUGUUCACACAAUCUGAGACCUAAUGUGAAGUAAAGAAAGAUAAAAUGGUAACACUCACUAGAUCUAAAAGUGUAUGUUCACUGUAUAUCUAAACAAUGACCUGACUGGAACACAGUCUGUAGCUGUAUGUGGCUAAGGCAUACGUGAUUUAUGAAGUUUAAUAACCGAUGAAGUGCAUUCAUUCAGCAAAAUUCAGUAGCAGUCGAUGUUUCGUCCUCUCUGACGUUUUGCCGUUGAGACAAAAUCGGUCUUUUGUCUUCCUGUGAAGAUCACCACUGGCAAUUCUGCCAACAUCAGCAGGGGAAUAUUGUCUCGGCAAGAUAAAACACAGUGUCAUACGCUGCGUUGUGGGUUUGCUUGUAUAGCACUGAUAUAAUGUUCAGGUGUUUUGUUACACCACAAAAGCAUUUUUCCCUCCACUGCUGGCUAAACAUUUUGUUUCCUGUGACUCCAGCUCCUCAUGAAUGUGCUGAUAGGUCGGGAGUCUGUCGACCUGUAGGCUUGUUCGGAGUAUUUUUUCAUCCCUGACGAAACAUCACAUACACUAGACCAUGUGGUGACAAAUAAACAAUCACUCAUUAAGCCACAGCAUAACUCACUAGAGAUCAUUUUUGCAAUACACACAAAAAAAAUACAUCACAGGAUGUAUGAAUGUAUGAUUUAUAUGAAUGUGGCGUUGACUGUGUACACGUAAAAUAUAAAAUGUCUGACUUUUCAUCUUGAAUGAACACACAGUUGACGAUUGAGCAGCGCGGCACAAGACGAACUGUAAAUAUGUAAGAUAAAGAAAAUAGACUGCGGGCGACCUGGGCGUCAGACUGAGCUCUCGGUUUCUCGCAGUGGUUUAUUUACCUGUAGGGUUUCUGGCAAAGCACAGAGUGGAGCAUUACUGAGCACAGGAAGUUUGACUCAUAUGAAUAUUACGCUGCCAUUUGUGACGAUCAUAAUGCCUUAUGUUAGAUGCUAAAUUGUGCCUCAUUUUCAUUAAUUGUUUUGUUUUUUUGCUGUUGUUUUUUGGAGUAUCACUGAAAUGUAUCCAUGACAUUUAAUGUAACCAUGGUUUUCCCCGUUAGUCCUGACCUCUGUGACUGGAGCACAUUUACUGAGAACUUGUCAGUAACUGUGCAAGUACCUAGAGGUGUGACACGAUGCUUCGACUUAAUGAUUAACAAAUCAUAAGGAUGGACUAGUUUAAUGACACGCACAACCUGCAACAGGUUUGAUUUGUUUGCUUCAAUUUGCAGUGCUGUUACAUUGACAAUAUUAAAAUAAAACAUCCUAUACACUGCUGUGACUUCGGUAUUAUGCAAUAUUUAAUAAACCAUUUAAACCAU